AUGUCCAAGCACCACCCGGAUCUGAUCCUCUGCCGCAAGCUGCCGGGCAUCGCCAUCGGGCGCCUGUGCGAGAAGUGCGACGGCAAGUGCCCCAUCUGCGACUCGUACGUGCGCCCGGCGACGGUGGUGCGCAUCUGCGAGGAGUGCAACUUCGGCACGUACGGCGGCCGCUGCAUCGUCUGCGGCAGCCCGGGCAUCUCGGACGCAUACUACUGCGCAGAGUGCACGCGCCUCGAGAAGGACCGCGACGGCUGUCCCAAGGUGGUGAAUCUCGGCGCCAGCCGUACAGAUCUCUUCUAUCUGCGCAAGAAGAACCAGACGCAGGCCGGCGGGUGA